UACUCACUCUCACACACACAACCACAUUCACACACAUGCACACACACACCCACACUCAUACACAGAGUGGAGCUUGUGGCAGUCCAGCUGAACAAAUACACUGGAGGUGUAAACUGAAAAGAUUCACGCUUGAGAUUUUCUACGGGAUUAUCCAAAAUGAGCAGUUCUUUCUCAGCCAAAAUCCAGUCCAAAAUGGAACUGGCUAAAGAUAUGAAGGAGGAGGAUAAGUUGUACAGAUAUAACGGAGUGCUGUACCCUGUCCUCAUGAGUCCAGAGGAGAACCUGAAGGCUAUGGAGAGGCUGGAAGCAAGAGCAGAUGAUGUCAUGUUAGUUGCAUAUCCCAAAUGUGGUUUUAAUUGGAUGGUGGCGGUGCUGCGUAAAAUAAUAGCACAAGCAACUGGUGAAACAGCAGAGUCCAAAUUCCCUCCAUUGAUGGAGUUCUUUGGGACCGAUAUGCUCCAGGUUUUUCACCAAGCACCGUCCCCUAGAUUUCUGGGGACACACAUGCACCCAGAUAACAUUCCUGAAUCCUUCACCACAAAGAAAACAAAGAUGCUGGUGAUAUUCAGGAACCCGAAAGACACAGUGGUCUCCUUUUAUCACUUCUCAAACAAGAACCCAGUGCUACCCACUGCAAAGUCCUGGGACUGCUUCUUCUCAGAGUUUAUGAGUGGAAAAGUUCCCUGGGGUUCAUAUUUUGACCAUGUACUUGGCUGGGAGAGGAGAAUAGCUGACCCUAACGUGAUGAUCGUCACCUUUGAGGAGUUAAAACAGGACCUGAGUGACGGUGUGCGAAGGGUCUCUGAGUUCUUUGGUUUCAGUCUCAGUGAUGCCCAGGUCCAGACCAUCGCAGAGGAGAGCACCUUCAAUGCUAUGAAGGAGAGCUCCAAGACCUCACACGGCCAGAUGGGCAACGUCUUCUUCAGGAAAGGUGAAGUAGGGGACUGGAAGAACCAUUUCACCCUAGCCCAAAGCCAGGAGAUGGACACAGCAUUCAAGAAGCACCUGGCAGGGACAACACUGGGGGCCAAACUAAAGUAUGACCUGUACUGCAAGUAGACAGCAGACUGGACAAACACUUACUGAGCUGAGACAGGAUACAAGGGAAACACUGACAGGGAAGUUCAACUCCAACAGGCAGGCUGGUAUGCAGUAGCUAAACUGACAUUCACAAUGAGGUAUUUGGUGGUGCAACACUUGUUACUACAGAAACACUUUAUUCCACUUGGCUAUCCUACACUGGAGCCAUUGAAGGGCAUUUUUGUGAAAGUGUGACAUGAGAAGAGUGGAGACUGGUGGGAGGAGCUAGAGUGGGAUGGGUUCCUUGUAAUGGUUGGAAUGGAUUAUAUGUAACAAAGUCAAACAUGGUUUCCAUAUGUUUGAUACUGUUCCAUUAAUUCCAUUCCAGCCUUUACAAUGAGCCUGUAAUCUAUAGCUCCUCCCACCAGACUCCACUGCAUGAGAAAAAGUAGACACGACAAUGAGACUUCAUGAUAGAUUUCUUUACCUUGUAAUCCUUGUUUUUAUAUCACUGUUUGUAGAUUAAAGUUGGUUAAUUGAU